UGUUCCUUUCUCUUCUCUAGAACUUCCCACUUCGUCUCCUUUCUUCCUUCGUCAACCCCCUUUUCCCCUCGCUUGCGCGGCGAUUCCCGUUGCUAUUUUGAUGCAAAGUAGGAUCUUUCGACGACAUCCAAGUCCCGAUUCACGGCGCCAGGAUUCGACUUUUCGGUCGGCGAUAAAUUAAGUCGCCGUCGUGUUGGAACUCGAUCCCCUGUUUCAGCGACUCCAAAGAUCGUAUUUUUAAGCGGCGAGCGAGCGAGCGAGGAUCUGGAAGUGAUGGUGAGCCCGAUGUUUUCAGCAGCCGGAGGGAACAGGGAGAUGGGUCCGCCGCUAUGGCUGAGGCCGCUGCUGAAGACCAGCUUCUUCGUUCCCUGCGCCGUCCAUGGCGAAUCCAAUAAGAACGAGUGCAACUUGUACUGCCUGGAGUGCACCGGCCAGGCUCUCUGCUCCUAUUGCCUCCCCGAACACAAGGAUCACCACGUCGUUCAGAUUCGGAGGUCGUCGUACCACAAUGUGAUCCGAGUGUCGGAGGUGUCCAAGUUCAUCGACAUCUCCUGCAUCCAGACUUACAUCAUCAACAGCGCCAAGAUCGUGUUCCUCAACGAGAGGCCGCAGCUGAGGCAGGGGAAGGGCGUCACCAACACCUGCGAAAUCUGCUGCCGGAGCCUUUUGGAUUCCUUCAGAUUCUGCUCCAUCGGCUGCAAGCUGGAAGGGAUGGGAACGGACCCGGAGCUCAGCUUCGUACUCCGCCCCAAAUCAGGACGCGAAUCGUCGCUGAUGCUCGAUUCAGAAUAUUCCGACGAGCCAUUGACGCCUCGCAAGUUGCGGAAGACGGCGCCGCCGUUCGGCCGGAGCUUCAUCCAAAUCCCGGCCACCGCCGCCACCCACUCCGGCAACGAAAGCAGCAGCAUUUCACCGGGGACGCCUCCUAUCGUCGUCAGCUACCGCACCUCCCCGCGGAAGGGCGUGCCGCAUCGAGCUCCUUUCUGAGAAGCUCCGGCCGAGGUUCAGAUUCAUAGUUACCUAUAAUUAUCAUAUUGUUCAUAGUAAAUCAUCAAAUUAUAUAGAAAAAAUGAUGAACACACUGUGAAUAAUGUAGAAAGAUCAUAUGCUCCAUAUCAUUAUCAGUUUAGCACAGGAAGGGAAGAAAAAAGUAUUGAUUUCUUUCCUUUAUAUUGUACAUAAUUUUGUCAGAGCCUUUGAUAGUUUUAUAAUGUACAAUAUUGUACAUACAGUGGUGCAAGGGUGAUUAAUGUGAGUAAGUUUUUUGUUUUUUGGGUGCUUCAAAAGAAAAUAUAUUUUUUUCUUC